AUGUUUAUGGCGGGAAAAAUGCAGAAGGUUAUGCAAGCCUGCAAUGUCAUCUCUAUUGGCAUUACUGUUGCGAAUUUUCUUAUCAGCACCAAUCGGGUUGUAAAAGGCAUACAGUUAGCCGAAGAAUGCCUCAUUGUCCUGAACAACACGGUGCUGAGGGAAAAUACCAAAAUCUUCAAUAUACUCUAUCGUUACAUAAGUGUUAUAAUCUCCAACGCUUAUAGUUAUAUUUAUGAUUACACAAGAGAAAUUGAAUGGAGCGAAAAACUUCUUGAGGGCACGGUCCAAUUAUUUGGAGAAUUUAGUGAUGAGGUGGGCUCAGAAGCCAUGAAGCUGGCAGCUUUGUAUAAACGGCAACUUAAAUAUGAGAAAGCAAAGGAACUGUUGGAGAAAGCACUGCGCAUCAAGCAAGAGACUGGCAACAGAGACGAUGAAGCAACGUGUUACAUUAACCUCGGGGCACACUUUCAUCAUCUCGGGCAAUACCAUAACUUUAAGAAAUGUGUCGAAAAGGCACUUGAGAUAAGAAAAGAAAUUGGUCACAAAAUGGGAAUAGCUCAAUGCUAUGGACACCUAGGGAUGGUAUUUGAAGCACUCGGACAGUAUGACAAGGCCAUGGAAUAUAUUGACAAGUCACUUUUGAUAAGAAGAGAAAUAGGAGACAGAAAAGGAGAAGCAACAGAUUACAUACACAAAGGAAAAGUGUCUUACUCAGUCGGUGAGUAUGCUGUCGGUAAGAAUUUCGCGCAGGAAGCACUUGCAAUUCGAAAGGAAAUCGGCGACAGAGGAGACGAGUGUGUGUCCUAUAAUGCUUUUGCCGUAUUCUUCUGCCACCAGGGUCAGUAUGCCAAGGCUGUACAAUGCUUAAGGGAGUGUCUUUUGAUAGCGAAAGAAACGGGACAAAAGGAAGCAGAAAUCUUUUGUUAUAUAAACCUAGGAAAUGCUUACUGUAAUCUUGGAGAAUACGCCGAGGCUAAGGAGAAUAUUGAAAAAGCACUUAAAAUAAGUAAAGAAACUGGGGAUAUCGAACAACAGUUUGCGUGCCAUUACCACCUCGGAUGGAUUAUGAUGUUUGAGGGAAACACAGAGAAGAGUAUUUCAAAUCUCUUUUCUAGCAUCCAAAACUGCGAGGACUUACGCGGUUUUUUAGGGGACCAUGAACCGCAUAAGGUGUCUCUUUUAGACAAACACUUCCCUCCCUACCAAACUCUCAGUAAGGUGUUUUGUAAGAGAGGAGAUUAUGUUAAAGCAUUGUACGUUUUAGAACUUGGACGAGCCAGGGCUUUAACAGAGUUAAUGUCAACUCAGUAUUUUGCUGGAAAGCAAAUUACAAUAGAUCCACAAUCAUGGAUGGGCAUUGAGGGGAUCAUCAAGAAAGGAAGUAACUUUACUUGUCUAUACAUUUCAUAUUUCAUGCUGGAAAUUUAUUUGUGGAUUUUGAAUCAGAAACAGUCGGUGCAUUUCCGACAUAUGAAGGAAAAUGAAACUGUUUCGACUAUCGGACCGGUGGAAAAUUUGAACGCCUUUCUAAGAAACCCACCCGUUAGAGGGUGUCAGAAGCUUCCUCAAGGACAUUGCGAGGAUCGAUCAAUGUUCCCUUUGGUCGCUCGCUCCUCGUCACUUCAAGCUCAGGAAGAUAGAGUUGCAGCUCUCCGCCUUGUUGAAUUGGAUGAAGACGAUCAAGAACAAGAACCGAGACCAACUCUUGAGCUACUUUACAAGAUUUUCAUCGCUCCAGUGACUGACCUGCUUGACGAGCCCGAAAUUCUCAUUGUUCCUGAUCGUUCCUUGUACAAAAUUCCAUUUGCAGCGUUAAAGGAUGAAAAUGGGAAGUAUCUUUCAGAGACUUUCAGGAUCCGCAUUGUUCCAUCUUUGACGACUCUCAAGCUCAUUCAGGAGAGACCAGCAACCCAGUUUAAUGAUAGGAGCGUGUUGAUAGUCGGUGAUCCUGAUGUUAGCUAUGUGAGUGAGUUCUCUCAACUGUCUUUUGCAAGAAAGGAAGCGAAAAUGAUCGCCGAAUGGUUGGGUGUUCAACCGUUGUUAGGGUGUCAAGCAACAAAGCAGGCGGUACUUGAAGCAAUGCAUUCAGCAAGUUUGAUACAUUUUGCUGCACAUGGUGAUGCCGAAAGAGGAGAAAUUGUUCUUGCUCCAGUGCGACCUGUCAACAGGACUUUACAUAAAGACGAUUACGUGUUAACAACGGCUGAUGUUUCCGAAGUUAAACUUACGGCGAAACUAGUUGUCUUAAGCUGUUGUCACAGCGCACAUGGACACAUUAGAGCUGAGGGAGUGGUUGGAAUUGCCCGAGCGUUUUUAGGAUCCGGUGCACGCUCAGUGUUGGUGGCGUUGUGGGCCAUAGAAGACAAAGCAACAGAGCAGUUUAUGGGGCGUUUCUACGAGCACCUUGUGCGCGGUGAAAGUGCAAGUGAAUCUCUUCACCAGGCUAUGAAGUGGAUGCGAGAGAACGGCUUCCCUGAAGUGUGGAAGUGGGCACCUUUUAUGCUAAUUGGAGACAACGUGACGUUUGAUUUCAGAAAGUAA